AUACACAUUAAAAAAAUGUGGAAGGUAGAAACUCGGUGAGUCGUGUACGAGUUGAGGGGAGGAGAUAAAAUAUAAAUAGAAAAUUAAUAUGAUUAUUAUUUGUUUUGUAAUUGGCGAAAACCCCUUUGUAUUCAGCGUGGGCGUCUAUCUCUCUCUUUCUCUCUCUAGGGAUCGCUCUGGUGAGCAAUUGAACUCAACUCGUUCUCUUUCUCUCAACAUAACUCACUACUAUUAACCCCAUCCCACCCAAUACACUUCAAUACCUAAUUACUCGCACGCGCAACGCAAACCCAAACCCAAACCCAAACCUCGCCUUCAUCUCUCUCAACACACUUACCCGCCAAAAUUUUAAUUAGCCUUAGCCCCCUCCAAUUCAAACCUCUCUUCUCUUUUCUUCUAUUCUAUUCUCUCUCUCUCUCUCUCUCCUCUCCUCUCUCCCCUCUCUCUCUAGGGUUUCCCUCCCAUGGAGACGGAGGAGGAGCUCGUUCCCGAUCCCAAACCGGAGGAACAGACCUUGCCGCUUCAGAACGGGGACUCUGACCAGCGCUGCGCCAAGAAGCCCAAGGUUGACGAGGACGCCGAAUUGAAGAGAGUGGCCGAGAUUGUUCUCGUUCUCUCCACCAUGGCCUCCGUGCGUGCGGGGAGGAAGCCCUCCGACGCUGAGGUCGAGCUCAUGAGAGAGGCGCGCGCUAAGCUCGCCAGCCUCUGCCAGGGUUUGGCUCCCAAGGAUAUUGUAGCCAGGGAAGCAAUUGGAACCGUUAUCGAGGAUCUCGGAUUGCACUCCAAGCUUAAAGACCAGAGGCUAGGGUUUCGAACUCCGAAGAUGUCUAUUGCCGAAAGGUAUUCACAUGCUAAGUGGAAGAUGGAGGAAGCAAAGAAGUUUUCUGCACCUUCUACAACACAUACAUCUCAACCCUUACAAUCAAACAUUGGUGGACCUGUUGACAAUCGUGUGCCAUCACAUGUUCGAAUGUUCCCUUCUGAUAAACCAAGCCAGCCAGCAAUCCCUUCUAUGGGUACCGUAGUGUCUAUUCCUCCCCAUGUUUCUGCAGGAUCUUCUGCAGUAUUGCAAUACCAGUCAACUGGCAAUGAAGUAAGACCACCUAUGGUUUCUGGUGUGAUGCCUAGCGGUCACUUGGGGAGAAAUUCAUCUUCCUUAGUAUUGCCUAAAGCUGAACAUCCACAGUUCAAAGUUGAUGGAGGAUCAAAUGGGUCUUCUUCUUAUUUGCUACAAGUCCAAGCAAAUUCAUCAGCAAACCAACCUUUGGUGAAUGCUCCAGCAUGGUCUAUACCGACUCAGGCUGCUUCAAUAGCAAGAACUGCAUCAGAAAACAAGGUGCCUGCUACUACCUUUGUGAAGGUUGAAGGAACAUCGGACAUAACUGUAUCAAGGGCAGGGCCUCAAAUAACAACAGACCCGAGCUUUAGACCAUUUAUAACUCCAACAGCUUCUGUAAAUUUGUCUACUGUGCACCAGCCUUUGCAGGCCACGAACAUUGUUCAGCCUCCUUUGAUUCCCAGUCACACUGAUAUUGCAAAGGUUGUCCAGAAAGUGUUACAACCAAAGCUUCCCAGCCAUCCCACUUGGAUUCCUCCAUCAAGGGAUUAUAUGAAUAAGGCUUUGACAUGCCAGAUGUGUGAGCUCAGUGUUCAGGAGGUUGAUACUGUGCUUCUUUGUGAUGCUUGUGAAAAGGGAUUUCACUUGAAGUGUCUGCAGCCCUCGGUCUUGAGAGGAAUUCAUAACAGAGUGGAUUGGCACUGUAUGAGGUGCUUGAGUUUAAGUGGUGGAAAGCCUUUGCCACCAAAGUAUGGUCGUGUCAUGAGAUCGUCAAGCACACCACCAAAAUUGCCCUCUAAUAUUGGUGGUAUUCAAGCUUGUUCUGAGAAUAAAGCAGAGAACAUAGAACCAAAGGUCCUGCAGAUGGUAACAAAUGGGAGCACUGUUCCAACGGUUGCCGGUGGCAAUCACAAUGUUGAGGUGCAAUGUUACUCAAAGUUCGCUGAUACCAAAGGUAUACAAGGGAUUGGCAUUUCAUCCAGCAUUGAAGCUAUUGAUAAGAAGCCUGAUCCAAACAACUCUAUGAAAUCUCUUAGUGCAGCCUCUAGUCCUUCUAUUGGGAUGCUAGGUGAAUGCUCUACCAAACAAAUAAAUUCUAAGGUUUUGACCAGUAAAGAGACUUCAGAAUGUGAGUCUCUUCCUAAAUUAUCUGAGCCAGCUAAAUGUGAAAGUAUACAAUCAUCUCAAAAUUUUCAAGUGGAACAGACAAUGUCAAAAGACAAUGCUGAAGUAUCACCAGAUAAACACAUUGAUAGUAAUAUUAUGAAUAAUAAUCAGAAGGACUCUCUUGAAGGGGAAAAUUUAACUUAUGAUAUCAAGCGUGAUGACAAAGAUGCUGCACUUGCAAACAUUGUUGGAAUUUCUGGACCUAAUACUGAAGGUAGACAGAACUCAGCAUUAUCAUCAGAUGGUUCACAUGCUGUAGAAUGGAUUGGUGAUGUAGUACAACUCGUAGAUGAAAAGAUUUUUUACCAAUCUUGUUGUGUUGAUGGAGUAACGUAUAGGCUACAGGGUCAUGCUCUUAUUCCUACCAGCAAUGGAAAACUAGCUCCUUCUAAACUCCAGUCUAUGUGGGAAGAUUGCAAAACUGGGUUAAAGUGGGUAAAGGUAACAAAGUGCUACUUUCCUGAUGAUUUGCCAGGGAAUAUUGGUCAUCCGUGUAUAUCUGAAGUCAAUGAGGUUUAUGAAUCUAAUAGUGAUAGAACUGAAAUGGCUAGCUCUAUUCAAGGUCCAUGUGAAGUACUCCCGUCUGAUAAAUUUAAACAAGAAAAUGACAGGCGAUGCCAGUUAGGAAUUGAGGAAAGUACUAGAAUACAGCCCAUUUUCCUUUGCAGGUGAAAAGUGCUAUAGGGGGAAGGAAACAGUAUAUCUUACAGCUUUAAACAUUCUGAGUGAUUAAAAGAUGGAUGGAAACAGAAGAAGCUUGCCGGAAAACAGUAACAGGAAGUCUAAGACUGACAAAAUAUUGGGAAGAGAGAACAUGUAAUUCUGUCGCUAGACAUCUCUGGUGGGAUGGGCGGGCAAAAGAUGGGAUGUCUUUAGAAAUUCCUGCUGAAGAGGUGGGGGUAGUUUUGUCUACAAUUAUCAUUUCCACCCUGACUCCCCCACCAAAACAGUGGAGGGGCAAAAUUAGAUUUUUGAAACUCAUCAUUAUUGCUGUGGUUGUGGGAAAAAGCUGUCAAUUCGGCUGUCAGCUGUGACACCCCAAAAUGCCACUCUAUGAUGUGGCUGCAGCCCAGCGACCUCUCUGUGGUACUGUUGCACUCUAUUAAUUACUUUGGUAACAGGUGGAGUGUGGACAAGACAGAAGAGCAGCCUGCUCUGUACUUAAAGUCGCUGGAGAAGUGGUCGUCUCUUCUCUGGUGAGAGGUGAGUAGGCAAGAGAAAAGGAUGUCUUGGGAGAAGAGAGUGGAGGAGGGUAUUGGCGACAAUGCUGCUGAAUUCGGGGGUGGACAGGGUAGUCUUAUGUAAUGUCUUUUUCAACCAAAAUACCCCCUCUCUCUAAUCGACGCUAGUGCUGGGGAAAAAUUGGAUUUUUGAAACCCAUUCCAAUCAUGCUGUUAUUGGGUGUGAAAAGCUUGCAAUUUGGCCGUGACCCCAAAAGUGCCAUGCAGUGAUGUUGCUAGUGUUAUCAAUUGUGGAAAAGUAAUCCACCAUUUCAUGUGUUUCCAAAUUGUGGAAGUAACCUGUGGUUGAAAGAUAUGAUAUAUGUAUGUAUGAAAAAUCAAAUUGUAUUCAAAUGGAAAUGAAAUGCGUUAAUAUUAACUCAAAAGUUCAAUUGGUUGGAGAUUUGCCAAAGAUGACAAGAAGAUGCUGCAGCCAUGACUAGCAGCUGCAUUUGUGUAUGGAAUUAAGAUCAUGGAUCCAAGGAAUUUUUCAAUAGCACUAUUGUGCCACUAUACUGUUAUUUAGAGAUACUGGAUGUCACUGUAGUGCCCCGUGGCUGCUCUCUGUUGCCAUUGGACAUUAUUAAUUGCCUUGGUAACAGCCACUUUUGAUAACAAUAGCCUUACCUACUCAUCUUGAAUACCCAUUACAAGGCCGUAUUUGGCAUAUAGGCUAACUUUUAUUUGGCAUUCAAUUAAUCCAUGUUUUACCAAAUAUUAUUAUGUGGAUAUGUUCACCUAUUUAGGAUUAAAAUUCUAAUUCGAAGUUCGGAUGAAAUUUAUUCAUUAGUUUGGAAGGAAAAUGAAUGCUGUUCUAUUUGCAUUUCUGGUCCUUUUUUAUUGCAUGGUGUAUGUGUUUUAGAUGCUUGACUUCUGGUUUUGAAUUCAAAUUUUAAACGUUGGGACUAGCAGUGAAACUAUUAUACUGUCCUCAUAUAUCGGGCUUGUUAAUCAAUCUGGACAAAAUCUGAAUAAAAUCAGUGUUGAGAUUUUUGCCUUGUAGAUUUUUUUUUUCUGUUUUUUUUUUUGUUUUGAGGUGUCUUAAGUGAUUUGGCUUGUU